AUGCCACUCAUCAUCCCGCUUGUUUCUGACAGGCUCGCCAGCCAUCGCAGCUUCAUCUUUUCCGGAGCCUCUAGUCUCACUUUUUUGCAGGCUAUCUUCGCACAAGAAACUGACGGCAGUCGCGCUUUUCUUGACGCACAACAGAAAGUGGACGAUGGGGUUUUCCGAACCUUUUUUGACGUCAACUGUCGGUGCUCCUCCGAGACUCCAUAUGAUGAGCCCGAGAACUCCCACACACUGCGGGAGAGAGUCCAAUACCUCCAACGAUAUCUCCCUCCAAUCUCGACCACAUUCGGUCCUCGCGGCUCAUAUGACCCGAGUGCUUCUUUCCCGCAAUGGCAGAGCUUUCUCUCCGAUCCACCUGCUGAACCACUUUCCUUCACCAAGACACAAAACAACUUGCCAGAAUCUGUGAUAUCUGUUGAAAGACGAUGGGAUAUUGACAGUGUCUGGUUUGGGGCCAAGAGCUUACAGGCGAUACGGCCUCCAAACGAUUUCCGCCUCUCUUUUUUGCCACCAUUUGGACGUAACAUCUCGACGGAUCAGGUCAUUCAGCCUCAUGGGCUCAACUUGGCCAACACUCGGCACAUACUGCUGGGUGCGUUCAAUGCUUGUAGCGUCCGAUUUGAAGUCUUCCUUUACUUUCCUGGGACAGUUCGCAGCCCUCGUUCAAAGACUCGAUCCUCAAAAAAUGGCCUCUCGCUUGAACGACAGAAAGAUCUCUAUGACAGGAUCAUCAUACCAGCAGCGUAUGAGACGAUUUCUGACCCUGUACGACAAGAGAUUCCUCGAUCUUAUGACAUUGCCUACGCAAAAUCCCGCGCGUUUCAGGAGAAACCCGGCACCGGUCGUUGGCUGCCAGACGAUGAGAGCCGUGCCUUUCAGCUCCGGUAUACACUUCCUGCUCAAGACCUCCCACUCUUCUGGAAAUCUGUUGUUGAGAAGGCCAACGCUGUUGAGGUUGCCACUCAACGUGGUGAAAAUAUAACCUAUUUCCGGAAUCCCCAACUUCUCUUUCAAGCACACGACCUAAAGAACACAAUUGCAAAGUCGAACUUGAACGAUACCCUGACGCUUUUCCAAGAUAUAGUUCUCGCUGCGCUUGACCCGGAUCACCUCGAUCUUCACUCCUGUUGGCUCGAUGUCGGGGCUCGUGACUAUGUGUCGACUUCGUCACCUUCGACCUUCGCCAGAUCGGAAUCGUAUACGCUCCUUUGGAAGAGUCAUUGCCUCGCUGGCCUCGAGCAGCAACUGUCGUCGCUCGCGACUGAGAGUCCCAUCGCAUCUAGUCACUUUAGCUCAUUCCUACUGCGGGAUGUAGGCACGUACGUCUCCAAGGCAAAAUCUUUGCGAGGCGUCAACCCUGGCCAUCCGGACGCUCAUCAGCCUUGUAUUAUCCGCGCCAAGGCAUACAACUGUAACAAAGAAACCUUUUCAGUUAUGCACAGGGACUAUCGUCUCUUCGGUUCUGGCUUCCUCCCGCUGCUUGCCUUCGACGAAGCGAUGAUUCGAGACCUUGCAGUCAACAACCAGAACCAUCAGCGCGCUUCUGUCCCGCAGCUAAACCGCCCCGCGCUCAUGAAGGCUUGGGAGGCAAAUAAGCGGCAUCUGCACGCGAUCUCCGACGCGAUAGCUCUCAACAGUCACGGUGUCCGGAGAGAAGUUACCUUCCGCCUUGAUGUGAUCCUGUCAAUGUGGGCUAACAGCUACUUUGAUCCAGCUCAGGAGCCGCACACUGGUCCGCUGACGCAAAUGAUUCAACUUACUGCACAAGCCGCGAACCAUGCUCCUUUCUGGGUCGUCCCGACAGCGGAUAUGAACGCUCUUAUUCUUACUCAGGCCGCCCGUUUCGUCGCGCCACUUGAUUAUUGUUUUGAUGCUGCUUCUGCCGCCGGUGCUUCAUCUGAGGCAGCACAAUCCACGGAUUCCUCUGUCCGCCGAAUAUUCAGUUUCUAUACCGCACAACUGCUUUCUCGCCUACUGGCCCUAUGCCUCACCAGCGAACAGCAACUCAAGUAUGACAACUGGAUUUGGCUUACGUGCUGGAAAAUUCGCAACAACAGCUCCUCACAUCGAAAGAGUAUGCUGGAAAGGAAAGGGCUGGGUCUCGGCAAAGUCAUCACGGCCUCGGGGAUGCUUUGGAUUCCGCAGUCUCACAUUGACUGGAGGAGUGGGUAUUUGUCUCUCGAGACACUUGUUGAACUAUAUAUACCUCGAAGCCCCAUCCAGGCCCGGGUUUCAUCUCAAGCAAAUGUUCAAUCCCUCACUGCAUCAAAAGUGUCCAUUGAGUACUAUUUACACGUAUGGUUACGCGACUCUCGGACAGCAUUCGAACAUGGACAGCGUGAAAAGGCAGAGAAGCUUGCCCAUCGGGCUGCAAAUCUUGCUGCCCAGGAGAUCGCUCGGGCAUACCAUCAGCAUCUCCUGUUGAAGCUGGAGGCAUACUGGAGUCGAGUUGCCGACAUGCGUGGAAAUAGAAGGCGACAACCGCUUAGACGCAUACAACAAGGAUUGGAGGAGUCCUCCAAUCAUCUAGGGCGGAUCGUAGAUGCACAGACGAUUUGGGAAGUCUACCUUGAGGCCUGGGCUGUGUUUGCGCAAGUUGGCCCAAUCGUUGACGUAUAUCAGAUGCCCAGAGGCGUACCUUGUUGGCUGACAACGAGAAAGUAUGUGCCACCAAAUGACGGCUGGUCCAAUUUUGUGUUUCAGCAUCUGUUCAACCGCCCAAGCCGUCCGAGGUGGCAUGAGCUCCACUUCCUCCAGCUUUACCGGUCUUUCAAAAAGAUAUGGAUCUCCAUUGAUGGGCUUAACAACCCGUUUGAUGAUAAGUUCCGUCGCCUCAUAGGGAACUAUAUCUUGGUUACCUUCAACAACUCUUUGACGAAGGAGGUUGGCACUAAUCACACCCCAGGGAGCUGGUACGACGGAAAGCCACCAUUCUUUCAGAUCCAGUUCUGGGCACCCUACUUUUCACCGCCUCCAAUUGAUCCGCAAUUAGGCAUGCAGAUCAUACCCGGCCCAAUAGUGGCAACUGCGAGGGACUUUCACCAACGGGCAAGCGCUUGCUUUCAGCUGUGGCCACGAAUAAUGAGCCCUCAACGGCUGCACGAGAGUAGCCACACGGAGAAAACUAAUUUCUGCAAGAAAGCACUACAAAAUAUAAUUGCACUAGUUGGGCCACACUGGAGCUGUGAGACGGAUGAUUUGCCAAAUACACUGCUAUGGGGCAUCUCCUGCCAGAGUCAUCGACAAGGGCCAUACGAGGAUCAUUUUCGCCUCCCUCUUCCCGCAUCAUAUGUCAAAGGAGAUUACCGUGAGACUAAAAUUUGUCGCCCAACAAUUAUCCUGCCAACUCGCAAUAAUGUCAUCGCUUUAGCGGAGGCUGUAGAGUCUGUUUCAGGUCUUGGAGUAGGAGUCUUGAAACUGCUUCCUUGGAUCCGCGAAGCUCUUGGUAAUGGCGGGCAACAGUAUACCAUACUCAGUCAUCUCGAUGAGAAACAAAAAGUAGUUGAACCUAAUGCCCAUUCGGCGUCGCUGUUGCGGCGGUUCUUAUCUCAAAAGAACCCACCGCAAAGAUUGAUAAGUGAGGACAACGGAAGAGAGAACAACUCGGAAGACAUCGAGCCUGAAGACGGGCUAAGCUCGAUCGACUGGAGUGACGACGACAGUGAUCUUGCACUAGAAGUUAUAUAA